GGGCUACAGCCAAGGACGCGAUGCCUGCAAUGUGGGGACAUGCUGCACUGGUCAGAGGAGCAUGGCGGCAUCCUCCAGGGGUGUUCAUGCUGCUCCACGGUGGAUGAAACGACAGAGAAUGUAACCACAAUCAAGGCAAAGGAGGGUCACUGGCCAGCUGGAAGAGUGGGUGACAUUGACUUCGUCGGUGCCACCAAAACAAAAGGAAAGUUUUUGAGAGUGCAGAGCGAUGCCGACCCAGCGCACAUCUUCCAGACGCUGACGGAGGAGUGGGGUCUCGCUGCUCCGCACCUGGUAGUCGCACUCGUGGGAGGAGACGAGCUGGCUCAGAUGAAGCCCUGGCUGAGGGACACCGUCAGAAAAGGUCUGGUGAAAGCGGCACAGAGCACAGGGGCGUGGAUUUUAACCAACGGUCUUCGAUUCGGCAUCACCAAGCACUUGGGCCAGGCUGUACGGGAUCACUCCUUGGCGAGCACUUCUGCAAAGGUCUGUGUCGUGGCCAUUGGCGUCGCGCCCUGGAACAUGAUCCACAACCGGGAGGCGCUACUCGGUGCCAAGUUGGGCGAGCCAGCAGUGUACAAGCCACAUGACUUGCCCCACGGCUCGGUUUAUGCCCUCGACAGCCACCACUCCCACUUUGUGCUCGUGGAGGAGGAUCCGAGCAGACCUGGAGCGACCAGCGAGAUGACAGUGAAGCUGCUCAAACACAUCUCUCUUCAGCGCACGGGCUAUGGCGGUACUGGAAGCUUUGAGAUCCCUGUCCUGUGUCUACUCGUCCACGGAGAACCUCAGAUACUAAAGCGGAUGUGCAAAGGCAUCGGCAAUUCAACGCCAUGGCUGAUUCUAGCGGGCUCGGGAGGCGUGGCUGACAUGCUGGUCACGCUCAUAAACAGGGGCGGCUGGGAUACGGAUGGUGUUGACGAGCUGCUGCUGGACACCUUUCCCGAUGCCCACCACAGCGAGGACAUGGGAAACUGGGUCAAGCUGAUCCAGAGGAUACUGGAUAAUGGACAUCUUCUCACAGUCCAUGACCCUGAACAAGAAAGCUCCGAGUUAGACACAGUCAUCCUCAAAGCUCUUGUCAAAGCCUGUAAGAGCCAAAGUCAGGAAGCUCAGGACUUCCUUGACGAACUGAAGCUGGCCGUCGCCUGGAACCGUGUGGACAUUGCCAAGAGUGACAUCUUCAAUGGAGAUGUGGAGUGGAAGGCCUGCGACCUUGAAGAGGUGAUGAUGGAUGCGCUGAUCAACGACAAACCAGACUUUGUUCGUCUAUUUGUCGACAACGGCGUCAAUUUGGGAGAGUUUCUCACCUACGGCCGUCUGCUGGAGCUUUAUUGGUCGGUGUCGGAGAAGAGUCUCCUCCAUAACCUGCUCCUCAAAAAAUACGAGGAGAAGCAGCGUCUGCUCGGCACUGCAAGGACACCUGGGCCUCCUGGGCACCACCCCGCUGAGCCAGGGGAACGGAAACCUCGUUUCACACUUUAUGAGGUCGCAAAAGUGCUGAAAGACUUUCUCCAUGACUCCUGCAAAGGUUUCUACCAAAAGAUUGCCACAGAAAGGCCAGCAAAAGGUCGACUGUUCCACAGCCAGAAGAAUCUGGCUGAGUUGGAAGAGCGAUGCCAACAUCCUUGGAGGGAUCUUUUCCUCUGGGCCGUCCUUCAGAACCGACAGCAGAUGGCGAACUACUUUUGGGCCAUGGGCCCGGAGGCAGUGGCGGCGGCGCUGGCCGGGUGUAAAAUUCUGAAAGAGAUGGCGCGACUCGAGUCCGAGGCCGAGUCUGCGCGGAGCAUGAAGGAGGCCAAGUACGAGCAGUUUGCCCUUGAUGUCUUUGGGGAGUGUUACUCCAACAGCGAGGACAGGGCGUAUGCCUUGUUAGUGAGGAGGACACAGUGUUGGAGCAAAUCCACAGUCCUGAACCUGGCAACCGAGGCUGAUGCCAAGUCCUUCUUUGCACACGACGGAGUUCAGGCAAUGCUGACCAAGAUUUGGUGGGGAGCAAUGACCACCGACACAGCCAUCUCCAAACUUGUCGUGUCUUUCUUCUGUCCACCUUUAAUUUGGACUAACCUCAUAAAGUUCUGUGACGAGGAGCUGGAUAAUCGUAACAAGGAACAAUUCAUGGAGUUGGACAGUUUGGACACGGAGAAGGUUCUACUGUUAACAGAUGAAGAGGACCCACUGGAUUCUCCAGCUGGGGGCCCGGCGGCUCAGAGCUGUGCAGCGGUGUGGUGGCGUUUCUUUCUUCGUCGCUGGCGUCGCUUCUGGAGUGCUCCCGUCACUGUGUUCCUCGGUAAUGUCAUCAUGUAUUUUGCCUUCCUCUUCCUCUUCACCUACGUGCUCCUGUUGGACUUCCGCCCGCCACCGCCCCUCGGCCCCGGGGCCCCGGAGAUCAUGCUCUACUUCUGGGUUUUCACUUUGGUGCUGGAAGAACUUCGACAGAGCUUCUUUUCUGAUGAAGAGAUGAACAUCUUGAAGAAGUUCAAGCUCUAUGUAGAGGACAACUGGAACAAGUGUGACAUGGUCGCUAUCUCACUGUUUGUCGUCGGAGUUUCCUGCAGGAUGAUUGAUGGAACCUACGAGGCGGGCAGGACGGUUCUGGCGAUAGACUUCAUGGUGUUCACACUGCGGCUGAUUCACAUCUUUGCCAUCCAUAAGCAACUGGGGCCGAAGAUAAUCAUUGUGGAGAGAAUGAUGAAGGAUGUCUUCUUCUUCCUCUUCUUCCUGAGUGUGUGGCUUAUAGCGUACGGGGUGGCCACACAGGCUCUUCUCCACCCAAAUGACCCCCGGAUAGACUGGGUGUUCCGCAGAGCCUUGUAUCGGCCCUACCUGCACAUUUUUGGACAGAUUCCCCUGGAGGAAAUAGACGCUGCUCGGAUGCCUGGAACGAACUGCACCAAUGACUCAGAGGAGAUUAUCAAGGGGCUACGGCCGCCGUGUCCUAACGUUUAUGCCAACUGGCUGGUGAUCCUGCUUCUGGUCAUCUUCCUUCUCGUCACCAACGUCCUGCUGCUCAACCUGCUUAUUGCCAUGUUUAGCUACACGUUCCAGGUUGUACAAGGCAACACUGAUAUUUUCUGGAAGUUCCAGAGAUAUAACCUGAUCGUGGAGUACCACAGUCGCCCAGCAUUGGCUCCACCGUUCAUUAUCAUCAGUCACCUCUCCCAGCUCCUCCUCAGCCUCGUUAAGCGGCCCGAGUCCAAGCAGGAGCACCUUGAGCGAGAGCUGCCAGCCGGGCUGGACCAGCGGCUUAUGACAUGGGAGACGGUGCAGAAAGAAAACUACCUGGCUAAACUCGAGCGCCAGCAUUGGGACAGCAGCGAGGAGCGACUCAAGAGUACAUCCUCAAAGGUUCAAAGCUUGCUGAGGAUUAUCGGCGGGGUUAAGGACCAAGAGAAACGCCUGGCGUCCAUGGAAGCGCAAGUCCGAUACUGUGGCGAGGUGUUGUCUUGGAUGGCAGAGUGCUUUGCUCUGAGCACUCUGAAAUGUGGGGAAAAGGCUCCGGCUGCUCCAAGCUGCAAGGCGAGCACUGACGCCCAUCAAAUCCAACCCAAGAAAAAAAGACAAAUAAGCAAAUGUUACACUGACAAUUAGUAUAGGCAUGAUCUAUUUUUAGAUAUUUUUGAGAAUGAUUUGAACUUAAGUUGCUCGUUUGAGUUAUUAUAUUCUGUUCAAUAGGUUCAACCUUGUAGGUCAGGGGUGUUCAAAGUGCUGCCCGUAGCUAAUGUUUUAACAAUCGUUAGCGUUCUAAUGUAGGAUUGAAAAAAAUAGUGAAGGACACCUUGCAAGGCUGGUCAACCUGAUUUGUUUUCCUAUAUAUAUAUAUAUAUAUAUAUAUAUGUAUGUACAUAUAUGCAUAUAUAUGUAUUAGUGUUGUCCCAAUACCAAUAUGUUGGUACCGGUACCAGUA